UGUGUGUGUGUAUAAUCUGUCAAAUUGUCUUGUUUUGGUGAAAGUGACAUUAUUAUUGUACGAUCAAGAGUGAAUUUUGUCGAAAUCAGAAAAUCGAAAUGUUAAAAAACGCUUUCAACAAAUGCAGACUCACUACACAAUACAGACGAUAUACAAUCAAAGCCCUUCAAAAGCAAUUCUACUCAUCCACAACGGUCACACAAAAUGAUAGUCAGAGGCCAGCAACGGAUGCUGAAACUCACUUCGGUUUCCAGACCGUAAAGGAAAGUGAAAAGGCUGAAAAGGUGCACAAAGUGUUUGAAGAAGUGGCCAAAUCAUAUGAUCUAAUGAAUGAUGCAAUGUCGUUCGGUGUUCAUCGACUUUGGAAAGAUAUAUUCAUUGAACGACUGGGAGCUAGCAGGGGCACCAAGCUACUGGAUAUGGCUGGUGGAACAGGAGACAUUGCCUUUCGAUACUUGAAAUAUCUCAAUAAUUCGCCGCGUCAGGACGAUGUUCAAAGUCAUGUCACAAUCAGCGAUAUUAACCAGAAUAUGUUGGACGUGGGUCGAAUACGUGCGGAGAAAUUAGGCUUUGUCAAUGGCAGUGAAACAAUCAACGAUUGUUCCGUUGAUUGGGUUUGCGCCAAUGCUGAACAAUUGCCAUUCGCAGACAACACAUUUACAGCAUACACUAUAGCGUUCGGGAUACGAAACUGCACUCAUAUAGAUAAGGUUCUGUCCGAAGCAUAUCGGGUGCUGGCUCCCGGUGGACGAUUUAUGUGCCUUGAGUUCAGUCAUCUGAAUAACGAAACUAUGCAAUGGCUCUAUGACCAGUACUCAUUUCAUGUCAUACCACCAAUGGGGCAGAUUCUAGCCGGUCAAUGGCAUCCGUAUCAAUAUUUGGUGGAAAGUAUUCGGAAGUUUCCGAAACAGGUGGAAUUUGAGGAAAUGAUUCGCGAGAGCGGUUUCAAUUGUGUCAGCUACGAAGAUUUAACGUUUGGUGUCUGUAGCAUCCAUUCGGGUUUCAAGUUAUGAAUGUGAUAGUGUCAUGUAGGUGGAAUAAAUUAUUGCAGAAAUAUUUCGCUGAA